ACCGGGAGAGUUCCCCGAGAAACGGAGAAACCCGCCCGAGGAGCACAGGACCAACGCGGCCAGCCGUGCCAGGAGCCGGCCAGGGGGCUCCGUGGGGGUUUGGUUCCCAUCCCCCACCCGCUGCCUCAGUCCUGGUCAGUGUCCACUGCUGCAGGCCCCUGUCGCCUGGCCAACCAGUCUCCCCCCACCCCUCCCCAGGUACCCAGCUGGCUGCGAGCUCCAUGGCCGACGCCCAGAAUGUCUCACUCGACGGCCCUGGUGGGGUCGGGACGGUGGUGGUGGUGGUGGUGCCCGUAGUCUUUGCCCUCAUCUUCGUGCUGGGCACCGUGGGCAACGGGCUGGUGCUGGCCGUGCUGCUGCAGCCCGGCCCGGGCGCCUGGCAGGAGCCGAGCAGCACCACAGACCUGUUUAUCCUGAGCCUGGCGGUGGCGGACCUCUGCUUCAUCCUGUGCUGCGUGCCCUUCCAGGCGGUCAUCUACACGCUGGACGCCUGGUUCUUCGGGGCGCUGGUGUGUAAGGCCGUGCACCUGCUCAUCUACCUCACCAUGUACGCCAGCAGCUUCACCCUGGCCGCCGUGUCCGUGGACAGGUACCUGGCCGUGCGGCACCCGCUGCGCUCGCGGGCCCUGCGCACGCCCCGCCACGCGCGCGCCGCCGUGGGGCUGGUGUGGCUGCUGGCCGCGCUGCUGGCCGCGCCCUACCUGAGCUACUACGGCACGGUGCGCUACGGCGCGCUCGAGCUCUGCGUGCCCGCCUGGACGGACGCGCGCCGCCGCGCCCUGGACGUGGCCACCUUCGCCGCCGGCUACCUGCUGCCCGUGGCCGUGGUGAGCGUGGCCUACGGCCGCACGCUGCGCUUCCUCUGGGCGGCCGUGGGCCCCGCGGGCGCGGCGGCCGGGGCGCGCCGUCGGGCCACAGGCCGCGCGGGCCGCGCGAUGCUGGCAGUGGCCGCGCUCUACGCGCUCUGCUGGGGCCCGCACCACGCGCUCAUUCUCUGCUUCUGGUUCGGCCGCUUCGCCUUCAGCCCCGCCACCUACGCCUGCCGCCUGGCCUCGCACUGCCUGGCCUACGCCAACUCCUGCCUCAACCCUCUCGUCUACGCGCUCGCCUCGCGCCACUUCCGCGCGCGCCUCCGCCGCCUCUGGGCCCGCGGCCGCCGCCGCCGUCCCCCACGCGCGCCCCGCCGACCCCCGCGCGCGCCCCGCCGCGUGCGCCCCGCCGCCCCGCGCGCCCGCCCCGGGAGCGCCCGGCCGCCACGGGACGCCGCCCCCCCAUCCCACCCCGACCAUCCGUUGGAAUAA